UGAAACUUUUGUUUUUGUGCAUUAAAGACAAAGAAAUGUAUGGGACUAAAGAGGUGGAACAUAGAAAUGUGAGCUCAACUUGCUCAAUCUCCAAAAUGGAUGAUUAUGAUCUCUCGCGCCUUCUUGAUAAGCCAAGGCUUAACAUAGAGAGGCAAAGAUCAUUUGAUGAAAGGUCAAUCAGUGAGCUCUCUAUUGGUCUCACAAGAGGGGGUUUUGGUACUCCAGCUUCAUCAGGUAGAAACUCUUUUGAGCCGCACCUCAUGGUGGCUGAAGCAUGUGAAGCUCUUAGGAGGUCUUUGGUGUAUUUUCGAGGCCAACCAGUUGGUACCAUUGCCGCAUAUGACCAUGCAUCUGAGGAAGUUUUGAACUAUGAUCAGGUUUUUGUUCGAAAUUUUGUACCCAGUGCUCCGGCUUUUCUGAUGAAUGGAGAGCCUAAGAACUUUCUCUUGAAAACCCUACAUCUUCAAGGGUGGGGGAAAAGAAUAGAUAGAUUCAAGCUAGGCGAAGGUGCAAUGCCAGCUAGCUUCAAAGUUCUUCACGAGCCUGUACAUAAAUCGGACCCAAUUAUUGCAGAUUUUGGAGAGAGUGCCAUUGGAAGAGUUGCUCCGGUUGACUCUGGGUUUUGGUGGAUCAUUCUGCUCCGUUCACAUACAAGAUCUACUGGGGGUUUAUCUCUAGCUGAGACACCUGAGUGUCAAAAAGGGAUGAGGCUCAUACUUACUCUGUGUCUAUCGGAAGAAUUUGAUACAUUUCCAGCCCUACUUUGCGCUGAUGGGUGCUCUAUGAUUGAUCGAAGAAUGGUAAGCUAUUCUUCUAGUCUUAAUCUUUCUCUCUAUUUUGUGCAUGUGUGUGUGCUCACCUGCUUCUAUACGUAAGUUUCCUUGCUAAUCUUAUAGUUAUUUUAAUGUGAGACAAGCAAAGCAUUUGAGAAACUUAAAAUAUCA